AUGUUUCAACAAAAUAAUUUCCUCAAAUGUAAUUUUAACAUAAUUUUUCAUCAUAUAUCUUUCAGAACAAAUAAAGGGGAAUGGACAAAGGGGUUGAGUACCAACCCAAAUAAAAUAAAUCAAAUAGAAAAUAACAAAAGUAAUAUAAGUAAUACAUAUUAUCCUAUAUGUCAGUAUGACAAAAGUAUACUCGUUAAUAAGUUCAUCCAAAUGUAUAUAAAAAUGAGAUACAUAAAGAAUAAGAAAAAUAAAAUAAGUAUAAAACAAAGCAAUAAUACAUAUAACAAACAUAACAUAAAUAAUAUAUAUAAUAAUACAUUUAAAUGUAGUACAAAUGAUGUAAGAAAUAAACAAUCAUUUUGUAAUAAUAAUGUACAUGAUAAAUUUGGGCUUGCUCUAUUUUCGAGAUUUUUUUUCACUAUGCCCAUAAACAAUAUAAAUAAUUAUUUUAACAAACAGCAUAAUGAUAAAAACAUAAAUGACAAGUUUGAUACUUCCCACUGUGAGCAAGAUCCUAAUAAGGGGGUAUCGAAGAACAGUGAUCAUCUUAAAAGAGAAGAUGAACAUGGGAAACCCUUAACCAAUAAGGAAAUGAAUAAUAAUAAUGAUGAUAAUAUUUGUAAUGAUGAUAAUAUUUAUGUUUAUAAUAACAAGAGUAAUGAAGUAACCAAAUACCCUUUAAGUGAAGAAGAAACUAACGUAAAUCUAACAGACGAUAUAUAUCCAUAUACAGAUUUCAUUAUUGAAAAAUGUAAACUUAAUAUAAAAAGUGAUGUAGAUAUAUAUGAAAACACUUGGUAUGUGAAAUUAAUAUAUGAUUUAUUAAAUUCCACAAAAUUAUUUUUUGAUUGUACAUGGAUGAGUUCAAUUAUAAUGACAACAUUAUUUAUGAGAAUCAUAAUUUUGCCUUUAACUGUAUCUUCAGAAAGAGAUAGAAGGAAGCAAAAAAUAUUAAGUCCUUUAUUAAAAGAAUUAACAAAGAAAUUAAAAGAUAAUGCACAAGACGGAAAUAUUAAAAAAGCUCUAGAAUUUAAAAAAAAAAUUUUAAAUAUAAGAAAUACACAUGGUAUAUCAUUAAUACCUAAAUCUAUCAUUUUAAUGGCUUUCUUUCAAACACCUUUAUUUUUUAUAUUCUAUUUUUCUAUGAAAAGAAUAGCAUCUUAUCCUGAUAUUUUUAAAGACUUUACUUUUGAAUCCCCAUUGUGGUUAGAUAGUCUAUCCUUACCAGACCCAUAUUACAUUCUUCCUAUCUUAUCAUCACUCUUAUUAUUAUCGAAUAAUGAAUUAACUUUAUUAAUAGAUAAAAAAAUCAAUGAAAAUAAUAAACAAUCGAAUUUAAAUGACCAAGAAGAAACAGAGGUUCAAAAAAAUAUGAAAAAAAUCACAAAACUUGCUAUGCGCUUAUUUUAUUUAUCCUCUGUACUUUUCUUUAAGUCUAUGCCAUCUGGACUAUUUAUAUAUUUUAUUACAAAUACAUUUUUUCAAUUAUUCAUAACACAAAUAUGUAAAAUUAAAAUUAUAGAAAAUUUCCUUGACCUACCACCCUUACAUUCGAAAGGAUUUAUAACGAGUACUAACACAACACAACAGCAAACAACUUCACAAAAAAAAAUAAUACACAUGAAUGAUUUAAUCAAAAGGAAAAAAUAA